UACAAACGCUCGCCAACUGCCGUGCAGUCAAGGUUUGCUUUAAGUAAUUUUCCAAAAAAGUAGUUUCAAUCCCUGAAAAUGGUGUCGAGUGUAAAAAUGAUCUUGGCUCUCACCGUCUUGGCCACCGUAGCCUGCACUGGCUACGCCAUCAAGUGCUAUCAGUGCGAUUCCUUGACUAAUUCCGAGUGUGGAAAGGACAUCAAGUCAGACAGUAGCCUCGUUUUGGAUUGCACCAAGAUGGCUCCACCUCGAUUCCUCCAGAACUUCUUCCCGGUUCGCAACGCCACCGGUUGCAUGAAGCAGACCAUCGACAUUCCCGGUAACCCGCAAAUCGUGAGGUCCUGCUACUUUGGCAACAUCGCCGACACGAAGGUUGGAUGCCAGACCGAUCCCAGCCUGACGAUCAACAAGUUGCUGAGCUGCGAGGUUUGCACCGAGGACGAGUGCAACGGAACCUCCUCCCUGGCCCCCAUCGCCGGAGUCAUACUCCUGUUCUUUGGCCUGGCCCGUCUGCUAGCCUGAACGAGGAGCAGUUUGUAGUACCGCUGAGCUAUCCCAAACAUAUCGAACUUGCUGUUGGGAAGCCAGACCCAUGGAGCUGCUUUAGUCACCUUUGAAUCUCUUGUAAUUGUUACACCCUUUUAAACUGUUUUCGCCCACAUUAAAUGUCGCUUUAUUUAUGUGAAGAUAUUUUAUGGUUAUUCGUAGAUUAAUUGCUAGCUUUAACUGAUAGCCUUCCAGUUGGGCAAGCAGAAAAUCCAUGCGUGUCUGGCACACUUCAAGAACUGGCCCCAUCCAAUCUACGUCUCUUCUGCAGGGCUCUCUAUAUGCUGGGCUGACGAUUAUACGAACAGACGGAAAAGCGGAAAAGUUCUCUCUGUGAUUUUACUCGCUUCGACCAUACACUCCCAGUUUUCCUUUUCCAUUUCCAUUUCCCACAGGGUCGCUAUAAGUUCGGCGCGUCAAGUCUCCACCCGCUAAAUGUUCAUUAAAUUUAGACAAAUUAAAACGCUGAGCGAUGACGCCAGGCGAAAUGGCCAUAAAAUGUUUUCACCACAGAAAAAAGAGAGCGAUAAACGGAAAAGAG